AUGGGUAUCAUCUGUCAGGGGUCUGUGACUGUAGAACCUGGGCCACUCUUCCCCAUGGGUUCCAACCUUACAGUGUACUGCACAACCACAAGGCCCCACUGUGACUACAGGUCUGUCUGUCGGUCGGUAGAUAGCUGUCUGUCUGUCGGUCGGUCGGUCGGUGUUUGUCUGCCUGCCUGCCUGUCUGUAUGUUUGUCUGACUGUCUGUAUAUAGAGAGGAAGGAGAGUGGAAUAAUGAAGAGAAGGGAACACAGAGAGACAUUUUGUAGUAUUGAAAUCUCUUUGUGUUGUCAGUUUAUCUGUGGAACUGAAUGGGCAGGACCAGAGGCCACUAGAGAGGUUGAACUGUUCCACUGUCCGGCUGAGACUGACUAACCUCCGCACACCAAACUCCAUUCUGGUCUGUAGGCUGCGGACUCACACAGACGGACGCAUACAGACUGUCUGUGGACUAGACCUACACACUGGAUGUAUGUCUACUGCCUUUAGAUUCUGGAUGUUAUCUUUGCGGUGUUGUUGCCUCUCUGGCUGGUUGAUGUUGCUGCAAAUUAGCACUAGUUCUCACUUGACCAAUUCUGGACUCUUAUGAAAUAAUAAAACUAAUAUUCUGAGCAAUUCACUGUAAAGCACUUAUUUUCUAAAUGCCUUAUUCUGUGCACUCAAAAUGACCCUGUUCAGACCCUGCUCGACCCUGUAAGGGUGUGUUGUAUACUGUUGCUCUCCUUCCCUGCAGACCCUCCUGAAGAGCCCAGUGGUAUAGCCUGCCAGGCUCCCAGGGACUCAGAUGAGAUCAGCUGUAGCUGGAGCAGAGGACGGGAAACACACCUGGUCACAACGUACAAUGUCUCAGUCAGGAGGUGAGCUGGGUGAUGUGUCGUGUCGUGUGGUGAAGUCUGCUCACUGCCUUUUCCUCCACCCUGGGCUAGGGUUACCACAUCAAAAAUAAAUUGUAAAUAGAUGUGUUCUUCGGCUGUCCCCAUAGGAUAACCCUUUUUGGUUCCAGGUAAAAAACCUUGUUGGUUCCAGGUAGAACCCUCUGUGGAAAGAGUUCUACUUGGAACCAAAAGGGUUCUACCUGGAACCAACACAGGUUCUUCAAAUAAUUAUCUGAUGGGGACAGCUGAAUAACCUUUUUAGUUUCUAGAUAGCACCUUUUUUCUAACAGUGUAGUAUACACACACACACACACACACACACACACAAUCAACCUUUUAUAUAUGUGGUUUGAGCACUUAAACAGAAUAAUUAACAGAUUCAAGGCAGGGAAAGAUUUUCCUAAUUUGUCCUUCUCUGGAAAAGUAAUGUGACUUGCUUAUCCACAGUGUAAACAGAGCCCAGGUGUUUCACCGUGGGAUCCCGGGUACUGGUGUGUUCAGUAUUCCACGGUUGGAGUUGGAUGAGAAUGAACAGUACCAGCUGAGUAUAAGAGCUCACAACCACCUGGGAGCAUCACUGUCCCAACCCUUCAACUUCUCUGUCAACGAUGUAGGUAAGUUCAUGUCUCUGAAGACAAAUACACGCAUACAUACUGUACAUACCAGUUUUUUUAUAUUUUCAUAUAUUUUGUUACAAUAAAGGAUAUGCAUCCAUGUGCACAAGCCACCACGACCAAAUCGCCUCUCUCUCUGGUGCUGGGAAUAAUAAAAUUAAUACUUUGUUAUAAUUCUUCUCCUAAAUAUAUACAUAAUGUUCUCUCAUAUCUGAAAAAGUUUAUGGGUUUUGAAUGUGAAGUAAUUACUCAUCCUGUAACUUGUUCCUUUUAAGGACAUCUUUCUGUGAAAUCCUCAGAUAUGGUUUGAGUAAUUUGACCUUGUUUUCAAAGGAACGGCUUCUCUGCAUGUAGUGUCUCUGUGUGCUGAUCAAUACCAGGACUGACAAUGUUAAUAAACCGUAAAUGAACAGGACAUUGGGGUAUAAUAACAUUUAAAUGAUGAGAACAUCCCAUUAAGCCCAUAUAGGUUUGUAAUUUACCUGAUGUGUCUCUUGGUAUUGCAGUGAUACCAGACACCCCUCAGAUCAUGAACCUGGAGUUUUGGAGUGGCUCCAGGGUAGCUGUAUUGCACUGGAACUGCGCAGAAUACCCAGAACCUUUAAGACCCCACGCCAGGCUCAGAACAGGCAAUGGCUCCUGGGUGAGUUCUAUCAUAUUGUCGUCAUCAACAUCCCCAUUCCCCACCUUGGUAGCAUCUAAAUGUACCAAUACUGUACAUGCACUCUAACAGUUGGACUAAUACAAAAAAAAUUAAAAUAAGUAUAAGUGAAUGCCAUUGUCUGCUGGUGUUUUUGUGCAGGUGGAGCUACACUUGGAUCCUAGCAGUGGCCUGGUCAAGGUGGAGGGCCUGAAGCCCCUGACACAGUACGAGUUCCAGAUCAGAGUCUGUUUCUCCAUAGAGAGGCCAACCUCCGCACAGAGGCCCACCCCUGCGCUCAGGCCCUCCUCCACCCAAAGGCCCCUCUGCAGUAGAUGGAGCCCAUCAGCUAGUAAAACAAGCCCAGGCAUAGGUAAGCCCAGAGCCCAGCAUUGUUUUUAAAUAAUGCACGUUUCAGAGAGAGCCUGUUCACACAUUGCAGUGAGGGUUGAUUAUUUUGACAGUGUUGUGGAAGUUGUCUAAAGAAAAAGUAACUAUCUAAAUGUAGAUAUUUUUACUAACCUGUAAAGUGUUGUCAUCAGAGUAACUGGGUUCUCCUGUAUGUUUUCAGCCCCCACUAGAGAGCUGGAUGUCUGGAGGGUGUUGGGUGUCCCUGGGGUGGAUGGGGUUCAGGACGUGACAGUACUGUGGAAGGUAUCUGCAGAAACACUAUCGGAUUUGAUUGGUCUGUUAGCACGCAUAGCACGCUUAGCAUCUAAAAGCUGUUCUGUGACCCAAAGAACUUUAAAGAAGAUCAAAUAGUGUAAUAUGGUGGACUGUUGGUGGCAGUUGUAUUGUUUGAGGUUGUGCAUUUUCAAUGUUGUUCUGUAGAGCUUUAAUCCUUCAAUUUUUGUUUGGAUGAUAAACUUGGAUAAUACUACAUGGAAAGGAGAUCUUUAUCUAUUUAUCUCUCUGUCUCACCUCUCUCGGUCUCCCUCCUUUGUCCUUUCCUCUUUCUUUCCCUGUCUCCAUCUGCUCUGCCCUCUCUCUCCUCAGCCCCUGUCUCCAGGUGACUAUAGUGGUCAUGUGUUGAGGUAUGAGCUGGUCUACCUGCAUGAGGGUCAAAGACAGGAGGUCACCUAUCCUGCUGAUGUCACCCAGUGUUCUGUCCAGGUGUCACCUGGGGUUCAGGAGUUGUCUGUCAGGGCUGUCACCUCCUACGGGACAUCUCCACAUGCUACCAUACACCUCACACACACAGGUGAGAAGAUACACCUGCCACAACAAACCUCACAGACACAGAUGAGAAGAUACACCUGCUACCACACACCUCACAGACACAGGUUGACUUGUUUUUCACUUAAUUAAUUGUGAUAUGAUGAACACCAACCAUUUUUUUUUGUAUUACAGGUGUGUCUGGGCCUGUUCUGAGAAGCCUCAGUCCUGCAAACGUAAAAGGAGGGGAUGUAGUUGCCCUGUCCUGGUCGUGGGAUGGAUCUAGCGGGGCAGAAGUAGAGGUACUGUUGGGCUUUUUAGUGGAGUGGAAGAGUGGACAUCUGGAACUGGGCUGGCAGAGAGUGGCCAGGGAGAGAAACACAACUCUCAUCACAGGUAAAGACACAAGUCAGAAACACAGACACAUUUCUGACCGUGUCUUUGUCUACAAACUGUUGCUGAUUCUGACAAUGCAUGUGAUGGGGCAAUGCUCACCAUCAACCACUAGAGGUAGCUAUUGGAGAGAAUUGACUACUUUGGACUACUGAGAUAGACUCAUGUAUUAUAUGGUGUGUGUUGUUUCAGGUCUUACGCCAGGAGUGAGGUAUAAUGUGUCUCUGUAUGCUGACACUACAUGGGGUGUGUUCAACCCCUCAUCUGGCCUGGUCUAUUCCAGAGAAGAGAGUAGGUUCACAUGAUUAGGAAUUUGUGAAAUUAUCCCUCAUGUAAAAUAACACAUUGUGUUUUUGUUUGCUACUUUAUGGUAUCACUUUGCACUGCUGCUUCCUUGCUAUCCCAUCAAAUGAAGUAAACGUAUUCUCCAGUGACAGUGUCCCCUGACUCCCUGUCUGUAUUUAAGAACCUGUGUCGGUACCGAAGGUGUCAGUGUUGGCCCAUGAAACCAGACGGGUUCUGAUCCAAUGGGAGGAGCUAACUGUGGACCAACAGAGAGGCUUCCUAACACACUACAACAUCUACCUCAGGAGACUGGACUCUGUCAUGGACCAGAAUCAGAGGGGUGAGAGGAUAGAGGAGUGUGUGUGUGUGUGUGUGUGUGUGUGUGUGUGUGUGUGUGUGUGUGUGUGUGUGUGUGUGUGUGUGUGUGUGUGUGUGUGUGUGUGUGUGUGCUGUAGUGUAUGCAUUAUCAAUAUGCAUGUGUGCGCAUUUUAGGUGUGUCUAAGGUGUUCUGUGUAUACUCCAGUAUUACAAUGGAAAAAACAUGUUACCUAAAAAUGAAUCUCGCCCACCAGCGGGCUUUCUCUCUAUCGCCAGCAAUUCGAGCCUGGGGACAAGGUUACCUAGAAAUCAACCUAGUGUCAUUUCUUUUAUUCUCACGCCUUACAAACCCACAGCUGAGAGAUCUGACACAGAGCUAAGAUAGAGCUGACACAGAGCUGACACAGAGCUGAGACACGGCUGAGAAUGGGCUUUCCACCCUUCCACCACUCAGAGAAAGACAAGACUACUCUCCUAGUUCCAGUAACCUGUCUCUCUGAAUCAUACUGAAUUACUGUACAUUAGAUGUAGAGGGAUUACACUGUGAUAUUAUACAGUACAUCUCAAGAAUCUUCAGGAAGUAUACUCUGGGAGCCAAAUGGAACUCCUCUCAGUCAAUAGAAGUGAAUAGAUGUCUUGUGAGUUUGUAUUAGUUAGUCUCAGUUAGCUACAGUGUGCAGUUUCAGUGCUUGGAACUUCAGAGAAUCAGAAGCUAUUCUUAAACACCACAGCAGGAUGUGGUUGUGUGCACAUGCAUAUCUGAAGCUAAAGUCAGAGCUGAGUUGUUACCCAUCAUAAACCACUCCCCAUUGUGGACCCCUGUACUGGUGCGGAACGCAACUAGAACAGCUGCAUUUUCACCCAGUCCCUGUAGAGUAAUGACUUGGUGUGAUGAAAGCUGGGUGCAAUACUGUAGUUUAACUGUUGUUGUCCUGGCUGUAACAACAUGUUGUAGGGAAUCUACAGUACCAGUCAAAGGUUUGGACACACCUACUCAUUCAAGGGUUUUUCUUUAUUUAUACUAUUUUCUACAUUGUAGAAUAAUAGUGAAGACAUCAAAACUAUGAAAUAACACAGAUGGAAUCAUGUAGUAACCAAAAAAGUGUUACAAAAAUGAAAGUAUAUUUUAUAUUUGAGAUUCUUCAACGUAGCCACCCUUUGCCUUGGUGACAGCUUUCCACACUCUUGGCAUUCUCUCAACCAGCUUCAUGAGGUAGUCACCUGGAAUGCAUUUCAAUUAACAGGUGUGCCUUGUUAAAAGUUAAUUUGUGGAAUUUAUUUCCUUCUUAAUGCGUUUGAGCCAAUCAGUUGUGUUGUGGCAAGGUAGGAUUGGUAUACAGAAGAUAGCCCUAUUUGGUCAAAGACCAAGUCCAUAUUAUGGCAAGAACAGCUCAAAUAAGCAAAGAGAAACGACAGUCCAUCAUUACAGUCAAUACGGAACAUCUCAAGAACUUUGAAAGUUUCUUCAAGUGCGGUCGCAAAAACCAUAAAGCGCUAUGAUGAAACUGGCUCUCCCACAGGAAAGGAAGACCAUGAGUUAUCUCUGCUGCAGAGAAUAAGUUCAUUAGAGUUACCAGCCUCAGAAAUUGCAGCCCAAAUAAAUGCUUCACAGAGUUCAAGUAACAGACACAUCUCAACAUCAACUGUUCAAAGGAGACUGCGUGAAUCAGGCCUUCAUGGUCGAAUUGCUGCAAAGAAACCACUACUAAAGGACACCAAUAAGAAGAAGAGACUUGCUUGGGCCAAGAAACACGAGCUAUGGACAAUAGACCAGUGGAAAUCUGUCCUUUGGUCUGAUGAGGCACACUUAACCAGCAUGGCUACCACAGCAUUCUGCAGCGAUACGCCAUCCCAUCUGGUUUGCGCUUAGUGGGACUAUCAUUUGUUUUUCAACAGGACAAUGACCCAACACACCUCAAGGCUGUGUAAGGGCUAUUUGACCAAGGAGGUGAGUGAUGGAGUGCUGCAUCAGAUGACCUGGCCUCCACAAUCACCUGACCUCAACCCAAUUGAGAUGGUUUGGGAUGAGUUGGACCGCAGAGUAAAGGAAAAGCAGCCAACAAGUCCUCAGCACAUGUGGAAACUCCCUCAAGACUGUUGGAAAAGCAUUCCAGGUGAAGCUAGUUGAGAGAAUGCCAAGAGUGUGCAAAGCUGUCAUCAAGGCAAAGGGUGGGUACUUUGAAGAAUCUCAAAUAUAAAAUAUAUUUUUAUUUGUUUAACACUUUUUUGGUUACUACAAGAAUCUAAAAUAUAUAAUAUAUUUUUAUUUGUUUGGCAUUUAUAAGUUAUAUUCUUCAAGAAUCAAUGGGUACAAUAAUGGAUAAAGCAUCUGCUGAUUGCCCUUUUAAUUGAUUGGUUGAUUGAUUGAUUGUUUGAGUUGUUGAUUAAUAAUAAUAAAAUGCCAUUUAGCAGACGCUUUUAUCCAAAGCGACUUACAGUCAUGAGUGCAUACAUUUUUUUUUUUGUAUGGGUGGUCCCGGGGAUCGAACCCACUACCUUGGCGUUACAAGCGCCGUGCUCUACCAGCUGAGCUACAGAGGACCAAGGACCACCUUGGCCACGUUCCAAACCAAUCAAUCCUUCACUUCACUCUGUUCCAAACACACUAUGAUUGCCUCUCGGAUGUCUUAGCCUGUUCUUACAGUGUGCUGUCGUUUGCUAACAUGUACCCCGUUCUUCUCUAGUUGGGUUGGUGGCUGGCGUGAUUGAUUCAUUGAUUGUGUACAUGGUCAAAUGCUAUAUAUCUCUGGUCCGCUGUCCUCUCUCCAGUGACUGUAUCAGGGUCAGAGCCCAGUCAGAGGUGGCUGGACUGUCCUGAGGGGGCCGUGGCCCUCAGAGUGUCUGCCUCCACGGCUGCAGGGGAAGGACCACAGGGGGAGUGGCUAUUCUCGCAGUCUCCAGUCACUGCAGGUCAGUCACAUUCACAACCAUGGCCACAUUCCAAACUAACUCCCUCCCUCCCUCCCUCAGCCCUGCAGGUCAGCCAAAUUCACAACCAUGGCCACGUUCCAAACUCCCUCCCUCCCUCCUUCCCUUAGCCCGGCAGGUCACUCACAUUCACUACCAUGGCCAUGUUCCAAACUUACUCACAACAACUCACUCCCUCCCUAAGCUCUGCAGGUCAGUCACAUUCACAACUAGCCUUGUAUGAACAUCCUGAUCUUGCGAGCUUGCAUUCUGUUUUGCUAGAAUGUAAGCUCGUGAGAUCAGGAUUGUCGUAGAGGCUAAUUCACCACCUUGGCCACGUUCCAAACCAAUCAAUCCUUCAAUUCACUCUGUUCCAAACACACUAUGAUUGCCUCUCGGAUGUCUUAGCCUGUUCUUACAGUGUGCUGUCGUUUGCUAACAUGUACCCCGUUCUUCUCUAGUUGGGUUGGUGGCUGGCGUGUCGCUCGUGGCAACCAUCGUCAUGGUGAUAAUGGCGAACCUGAUGUGUUGGAGCUGUGUGAGGAAAAGGUACCAAGCUGACAGAGAUGUUGGCCUGAUGACGCUUACGUUUACAAUCCUGUUACAGCUUUUUAUUAUUUAGUUGACGUGGUAACAGACAGUGUAUACUUUCUGGUACUUACUCUCCAAAGAUGUACUGUACUCUUUCUGUUUUUGAGUUUACUGUGCUCGUGAGGUUGACUAUUUUAUUUUUGACUGUGGUGAGCAUUGUGGUUAACACAUCUGUUUGUAUGCAAUAUUUACUGCAUGCACUGUAAUGCACUGUAUUGCCUAAAGAGCUGAGCAAAACUGGUCACAACCACACAACCUCAUAAUAACGCAACCCCAAUAUGAGAUAAAGUGAUCAACAGCAAACAAGCAGUAAACAACCCAGCUCAUUAUGAGACUUCCAUCCCCUGCAGGAUCAAACAGACAUGUCUAUCCCUGGGCCCUGUCUGGCUUUCUGAGAACCUCCCCAAGCCUGGAAACAGCAAUGCUAUCAGACUACUGAAGGUAAUCUACUAACAGAAAAAUAGUGUCUUCACCUCCCUGUCUACCUCUUUCAGAACGCAAUAUAAACGCAUCUACAUCUUUCAGAAUGCAAUAUAAAUACUUCUACUGUCACGAUCGUCUGACGAAUGAGACCAAAGCGCAGCGCGUUGAGCGAACAUGACUUUAUUUAAUUAAAGUACUGAACACCAACAACAAAACAAUGACGAUACGUGAAGUCCACAGUGACAAUGACUGUACAGGAACAAAAACCCACAACACUAAGGUGAACACUGACAGUUUAAAUAUGGCUCCCAAUCAGAGAUAACGAGCCGACAGCUGACACUCGUUACCACUGAUUGGGAGUCACACGACCAAACAAGGAAACACAACCAAAACCAAACCAAACACAACAAAACGAACACACCCUGGCUCAACAUACAAAGUCCCGGAGCCAGAGCGUGACAGUACCCCCCCCUAAAGGCGCGGACUGCGACCGCGCCUCAAAAACCCCAAACAGGGGAGGGCUGGGUGGGCAUUACUCCUCGGAGGCGGCUCCGGCUCCGGGCUUGACCACCACCCUUCUUCAAUCCCCCCGUAGCGCCCCCGGUCCGAUCUGACCCAGCUGGUAGGAUCUGGACUGACGACGCGCACCCCUGGCUUGGCGCGUGAGGCAGGAACGGACCGGACCUGGCUGACGAUACGCACCCUAGGCUUGAUGCGUGGAGCCGGAACGGGCCUCACCAGGCUGACGACUCGCAUCCCUGGCUUGGUGCGAGUAGUAGGAAUGGGCUGGAUCAGGCUGACGGCUCGCACCCUUGGCUUGGUGCGAGUAGCAGGGACGAGCUGAACCAGGCUGACGACUCGCACCCUUGGCUUGGUGCGAGUAGCAGGAACGGGCUGGACCAGGCUGACGACUCGCACCCUUGGCUUGGUGCGAGUAGCAGGAACGGGCUGGUCCAGGCUGACGACUCGCACCCUUGGCUUGGUGCGAGUAGCAGGAACAGGCCGGGCUGGGCUGGCGACGCACACCGUAGGUUUUGUGCGUGGAGCAGGAACAGGCCGGGCUGGGCUGACGACGCACACCGUAGGUUCUGUGCGUGGAGCAGGAACAGGCCGGGCUGGGCUGGCGACGCACCCCGUAGGCUUUGUGCGUAGAGCAGGAACAGGCCGGGCUGGGCUGGCGACGCACACCGUAGGCUUUGUGCGUAGAGCAGGAACAGGCCGGGCUGGGCUGGCGACGCACACCGUAGGUUUUGUGCGUGGAGCAGGAACAGGCCGGGCUGGGCUGGCGACGCACCCCGUAGGCUUUGUGCGUAGAGCAGGAACAGGCCGGGCUGGGCUGGCGACGCACCCCGUAGGUUUUGUGCGUGGAGCAGGAACAGGCCGGGCUGGGCUGGCGACGCACCCCGUAGGCUUUGUGCGUAGAGCAGGAACAGGCCGGGCUGGGCUGGCGACGCACCCCGUAGGUUUUGUGCGUGGAGCAGGAACAGGCCGGGCUGGGCUGGCGACGCACCCCGUAGGCUUUGUGCGUGGAGCAGGAACAGGCCGGGCUGGGCUGGCGACGCACACCGUAGGUUUUGUGCGUGGAGCGGGAACAGGCCGGGCUGGGCUGGCGACGCACACCGUAGGUUUUGUGCGUGGAGCAGGAACAGGCCGGGCUGGGCUGGCGACGCACACCGUAGGCUUGAUGCGAGAAGCAGGAACAGGCCGGGCUGGGCUGGCGACGUACACCGUAGGCUUAGUACGUGGAGCAGGAACCGGCCGGGCUGGACUGGCGACGCACACCGUGGGCUUGGUGCGUGGAGUAGGAACAGGCCGGUCCGUACUGGGAACACACACCACUGGCCUUAACCGGGGAUCAGGAACGGGCCGGACCGGACUGGUAACACACCUCAGUCUCUCACGCCGUGCCUCAACUACUUCCCUCCCUCUACUCGCCAAUGGCUCCCGUAAUCCGGUAGCCUUCUCUCCACGUCUCCCUGUGGCAGCCUCCUGCUGCCCAGCCGCCCAAGCCAUGUGCCCCCCCCCCAAAAACUUUUUGGGGUUGCCUCUCGUCCCUCCGACGAUGGCCCUGCUGACGCCGUUGCUCCUCUCUCAGUCGCCUCUCCACUGUUUUACUCCAUGGCCGGCGAUCCAUCCCAUCCAGGAUUUCCUCCCAAGUCCAAUACCCUUUUCCAUCCAAAAUCUCCUCCCAUGUCCAGACCCCUGGCUCCUGGACAGGCUGCUUGGUCCUGGUACGGUGGGUUUUUCUGUCACGAUCGUCUGACGAAUGAGACCAAAGCGCAGCGCGUUGAGCGAACAUGACUUUAUUUAAUUAAAGUACUGAACACCAAAACAACAAACAAUGACGAUACGUGAAGUCCACAGUGACAAUGACUGUACAGGAACAAAAACCCACAACACUAAGGUGAACACUGACAGUUUAAAUAUGGCUCCCAAUCAGAGAUAACGAGCCGACAGCUGACACUCGUUACCACUGAUUGGGAGUCACACGACCAAACAAGGAAAAACGAAUAAUCUUUCAGAAUGCAAAAUAUACACGUCUACAUCUUUCAGAAUGCAAUAGAAAUACUUCCACCACUUUCAGAAUCCAAUAUAAACACGGAUACCUCUAUCAGAAUGCAAUAUAAACACAUCCACCUCUUUCAGAACGCAAUAUUAACGUUUCACAAUAUGGGGGAGGUGUUGAUACUAUGGAAGUCUCAAGGUUUUGCUCGCCUGAGGUAGAGUAUCUCGUGAUAAGCUGUAGACCACUCUAUUUACCAAGAGAGUUUUCAUCUAUAUUUUUUGUAGCUGUCUAUUUACCACCACAAACCGAUGCUUGCACUAAGAUUACACUCAAUGAGCUGUAAUAGGCCAUAAGUAAACAGGAAAACGCUCAUCCAGAGGCAGCACUCCUAGUGGCCGGGGACUUUAAUGCAGGGAAACUUACAUCCGUUCUACCUAAUUUCUACCAGCAUGUUAAAUGUGCAACCAGAGGGAAAAAAAACUCUAGAUCACCUUUACUCCACACACAGAGACGUGUACAAAGCUUCCCUCGCCCUCCAUUUGGCAAAUCUGACCAUAACUCUAUCCUCCUGAUUCCUGCUUAUAAGCAAAAACUAAAGCAGGAAGCACUAGUGACUCGGUUAAUAAGGAAGUGGUCAGAUGACGCAGAUGGUAAGCUACAGGACUGUUUUGCUAGCACAGACUGGAAUAUGUUCCGGGAUUCUUCUGAUAGCAUUGAGGAGUACACCACAUCAGGCUUCAUAAAUAAGUGCAUUGAUGACGUCGUCCCCACAGUGACCUUACGUACAUACCCCAACCAGAAGCCAUGGAUUAAAGGCAACAUCCGCACUGAGCUAAAGAGUAGAGCUGCCGCUUUCAAGGAGCGGGACUCUAACCCGGACGCUUAUAAGAACUCCCGCUAUGCCCUCCGACGAACCAUCAAACAGGCAAAGAGUCAAUACAGGACUAAGAUUGAAUCGUACUACACCGGCUCUGACACUCGUCGGAUGUGGCAGGGCUUGAAAACUAUUACAGACUACAAAGGCAAGCACAACCGCCAGCUGCCCAGUGACCCAAGCCUACCAGACGAGCUAAAUCACUUCUAUGCUCACUUCAAAGCAAGCAACAAGCAUGCAUGAGAGCAUCAGCUGUUCCGGAUGACUAUGUGAUCACGCUCUCCGUAGCCGAUGUGAGUAAGACUUUUCAGCAGGUCAACAUUCAGACUGAUUACCAGGACGUGUACUCCGAGCAUGCGCUGACCAACUGGCAAGUGUCUUCGCUGACAUUUUCAACAUGUCCCUGACUGAGUCUGUAAUACCAACAUGUUUCAAGCAGACCACCAUAGUCCCUGUGCCCAAGAACACUAAGAUAACCUGCCUAAAUGACUACCGACCCAACUACCCCUGGCCUAAAGCCUUUCUGUAAAAACCCAAGACAUGAGCCAAGACAUGAGCCAAGACAUGAGCCUAGCACCCUUUGCCUGCUCUAGCAGUCGCCCAAUCAGUUUGCUGCCUUAGUAAACUGAUGGAGAGGAUUGUGUUUGACCAAAUACAAUGCUAUUUUUCAGAGAAUAAGUUAACUACUGACUUUCAUCAUGCAUAUAGAGAAGGGCACUCAAGUUGUACUGCACUGACUCAGAUGACUGAUGAUUGGUUAAAAUAAAUGGUGACUGAUGAUUGGUUAAAAGAAAUGAAUAAUAAGAUGAUAGUUGGAGCUGUAUUGUUAGAUUUCAGUGCAGCCUUUGAUGUUAUUGAUCAUACAUUUUUAUUGAAAAAAUGCACUUGCUAUGGCUUCACAUCACCUGACAUCACAUGGUUGGAGAGUUAUUUAUCCAACAGAACCCAGAUAGUGUUCUUCAAUGGAAGCUUCUCUAACAUCAGAUACAGUGAGGGGAAAAAAUUAUUUGAUCCCCUGCUGAUUUUGCACAUUUGCCCACUGACAAAGAAAUGAUCAGUCUAUAAUUGUAAUGGUAGAUUUAUUUGAUCAGUGAGAGACAGAAUAACAACAAAAAAAUCCAGAAAAAUGCAUGUCGAAAAUGUUAUAAAUUGAUUUGCAUUUUAAUGAGGGAAAUAAGUAUUUGACCCCCUCUCAAUCAGAAAGAUUUCUGGCUCCCAGGUGUCUUUUAUACAGGUAACGAGCUGAGAUUAGGAGCACACUCUUAAAGGGAGUGCUCCUAAUCUCCGUUUGUUACCUGUAUAAAAGACACCUGUCCACAGAAGCGAUCAAUCAAUCAGAUUCCAAACUCUCCACCAUGGCCAAUACCAAAGAGCUCUACAAGGAUGUCAGGGACAAGAUUGUAGACCUACACAAGGCUGGAAUGGGCUACAAGACCAUCGCCAAGCAGCUUGGUGAGAAGGUGACAACAGUUGGUGUGAUUAUUCGCAAAUGGAAGAAACACAAAAGAACUGUCAAUCUCCCUCGACCUGGGGCUCCAUGCAAGAUCUCACCUUGUGGAGUUGCAAUGAUCAUGAGAACGGUGAGGAAUCAGCCCAGAACUACACGGGAGGAUCUUGUCAAUGAUCUCAAGGCAGCUGGGACCAUAGUCACCAAGAAAACAAUUUGUAACACACUACGCCGUGAAGGACUGAAAUCCUGCAGCGCCCGCAAGGUCCCCCUGCUCAAGAAAGCACAUAUACAUGCCCGUCUGAAGUUUACCAAUUAACAUCUGAAUGAUUCAGAGGAGAACUGGGUGAAAGUGUUGUGGUCAGAUGAGACCAAAAUUGAGCUCUUUGGCAUCAACUCAACUCGCCGUGUUUGGAGGAGGAGGAAUGCUGCCUAUGACCCCAAGAACACCAUCCCCACCGUCAAACAUGGAGGUGGAAACGUUAUGCUUUGGGGGUGUUUUUCUGCCAAGGGGACAGGACAACUUCACCGCAUCAAAGGGACGAUGGACGGGGCCAUGUACCGUCAAAUCUUGGGUGAGAACCUCCUUCCCUCAGCCAGGGCAUUGAAAAUGGGUCGUGGAUGGGUAUUCCAGCAUGACAAUGACCCAAAACACACGGCCAAGGCAACAAAGGAGUGGCUCAAGAAGAAGCAUAUUAAGGUCCUGGAAUGGCCUAGCCAGUCUCCAGACCUUAAUCCCAUAGAAAAUCUGUGGAGGGAGCUGAAGGUUUGAGUUGCCAAACGUCAGCCUCGAAACCUUAAUGACUUGGAGAAGAUCUGCAAAGAGGAGUGGGACAAAAUCCCUCCUGAGAUGUGAGCAAACCUGGUGGCCAACUACAAGAAACGUCUGACCUCUGUGAUUUCCAACAAGGGUUUUGCCACUAAGUACUAAUUAAAAUGCAAAUCAAUUUAUAACAUUUUUGACAUGCGUUUUUCUGGAUUUUGUUGUUGUUAUUCUGUCUCUCACUGUUCAAAUAAACCUACCAUUAAAAUUAUAGACUGAUCAUGUCUUUGUCAGUGGGCAAACGUACAAAAUCAGCAGGGGAUCAAAUACUUUUCCCCCUCACUGUAUGUACAGUGCGGUGUCCCUCAGGGCCUUGGGCCGUUACUCUUCUCUAUUUUUACAAAUGAUUUGUCACUGGUCUUACACGAAGCUAGAAUAAAUAUGUAUGCUGAGGAUUCCACACUCCAUGCCAGCACCCAAAGCUAGUGAGUUUGCAGGAGUUACAGUCAGUAUCAGAAUGGGUGAUUAAUAAUAAACUGGUCUUAAAUACAUCUAAAACUAAAAGCAUUGUAUUUGGUUCAAAACAUUCUCUAAGACCUAAACCUCAACUGGAGUUGUACAUAAAGGGUGUAACCAUUGAGCAAGUUGAGGAAGCUAAACUCCUAGGUAUAACAUUGGAUAGUUAAUUAUCAUGAUCAAGUCAUAUUGACAAAGUUGUUGUGAAGAUGUGGAGGGGUAUGUCUGUUAAAAAAUAUAUGUUCUGCGUUUUUGACACAUCAACUGUAGUAGUUGUUCAGGCUCUGGUCUUGUCCCAUCUUUAUUGCUGUCUGGUAAUAUGGUCAACUGCAGCAAAGCAAUACCUAGCAAAGCUGUAGCUGGUGAAGCUGCACCUGUGCGUCAAUCUAAUUAACAUGAUUAAAAAUUCCCCAUCAAAAUCUGUCAGUUUAAGUUAGAUAUAUCUGUCUUUUGCAUGGGCUGCGUCUCAAUCCACCGCAUCUGCCUAUGUCGGCCUUCUGCAUUUGCGGUGGAAAGUGGCAGAGCUACAGCGCUGUUCGUCAGACCAGGAGACAUCCCGAAAAUCGGUAUCCUCACGAAAACGUCUGUAGCAUUCGAACGGUUUGGCCACUCUAUGGAAAGAUGAGACUCUCACGAACACAAUGGUAUUGAAUGGAAGUAUGGAGGUAUGGAGGUACAGUGCCUUCAGAAAGUAUUCAAACCCAUUUACUUAUUCCACAUUUUGUUGUGUUACAGCCUGAAUUCAAAAUAGAUUAAAUAAAUACAAAUUCUCACCCAUCUACACACAUUACCCCAUAAUGACAAAGUGAAAACAUGUACAAAAAAUAUAUACAGUACCAGUCAAAAGUUUGGACACACCUACUCAUUCAAGGAUCUGUUACAGGAGGGAUUCGCAGUUCCUAUUGGUGUCACCUGUGUCUACCUGUUUUUAUGCCCUCAUUUCCCUGUGUUCCCUUGCUCAGUUUUCUCUGCUAGCUUCUCUAUGCUCAGCAGUACUAAUCAGUGUCUGAUCGGAGAAGUAUGUACAGGUACUCGAGAAGUGUUCUCCCUGUUUUUGUAUUAUUUCAGUCAUAGUUACUAUUUUGUAUUUUGCCUGUCAGCCUGUUUUUCAAGAUUUAUUUGCUCCACCUUUCUUUUAUCGUGUUAAGUCUGUUGUUUUGUAUCCUGGCUUCGAGACCACCAGUAAAGAUCUUUGUUUCACCAUCUCUACCUACUGCCUACUGUCUAUCCUGCACCGCACCUGGGUCACACCUCACACCAACCCUUACAGAAAACUGAGCCAAUAUGGACCCAGCGGAGGCAGCACAGUAUCGGAGCGCAUUGGCAACGCAGGGAGCUAUGCUGAACCAACACGAUCGCAGCCUGCUGCAGAUCACCGAGAAUCUCCACCAGCUGACGAUCGCCAUGCAGAGCCGGGUGGACACUCGACCAGCCCCGGCAGCCGGCGGACGGAAGCCGCGGCGGCGGUGUCUCUAGUUUCGCCUGCGACAUCGCGGGAACCCCGCCUACCACCUCCGGAGAGGUAUGAUGGACGUCCAGAGGGCUGCAGGGAAUUUCUCACCCAGUGUUCCCUGGUAUUCAGCCUACAACCCUCCUCCUUCCUGACAGAGCAGGGCCGGGUGGCCUACAUCAUCACUCUGUUGACGUGUCGCGCCCUUUCUUGGGCUACUGCGGAGUGGGAGAGCCAAACUCCGGCAUGCUCCGACUCCUACCAAUUCACCCGGGAGCUACGCAAGGUGUUCGACACCUCUCGGAUGGUGUCGGAGCACGAGGGAGGAUGGUGGCUACAGACUCCGUCACCGACCAAGACCUGGAAGGCGUUCCCCGGGAGUAUUGGGAUCUGGGGGAGGUGUUUAGUAAAAGGCGUGCCAAGGGUCUACUCAACGGCCGUGCAUUGAUUACCGGGCGCUCAACGACAUCACAGUUAUGAACCGCUACCCACUCCCCCUGAUGACGACGGCAUUUGAGUCGUUGCAGGGAGCCCGGAUCUUCACCAAGCUGGACUUACGAAAUGCCUACAACCUGGUGAGGAUUUGGGAGGGGGACGAGAGGAAGACGGCUUUUAACACACCCAGUGGGCAUUACGAGUACCAAGUCAUGCCGUUCGGUCUAGCCAACGUGCCUGCGGUGUUCGUGUAUUUGGAUGAUAUCCUAAUAUUUUCAAAGGACAUGAGUGAACACUAGCAGCACGUUCGACAGGUCCUCCAACGCCUUCUCCGUCACCAGCUCUACAUCAAGGCGCAGAAGUGCGUGUUCCACACGGAGACAGUCUCCUUCCUGGGGUUCAUCGUCACCAAGUGGGACCUACGGAUGGACCCAGCCAAGGUCUGCGCGGUACUGGAUUGGCCCCAGCCCUCCUACCUCAAGCAACUACAACAGUUUUUAGGGUUCACACAUUUUUAUAGGCGAUUUAAUCACAAUUUUAGCUCCCUAGCCGCUCCCCUGACAGCUCUCACCCAGACGAGCGUGCGCUCCUUCGCCUGGACCCCGGAAGCUGGGAACGCAUUCGAUGCGCUUAAGUGGCGCUUUACAUCAGCCCCGGUCCUAGGGCAUCCUGAUCCGUCCCUACCGUUCAUUGUGGAAGUGGAUGCUUCAGACGUUGCAGUGGGAGCAAUCCUGUCCCAGCGGUUCCUCACGGACGGUAAGACUCACCCCUGCGCAUAUUUCUCCCGUCAGCUGUCCCUGGCGGAGCAGAAUUACGACGUGGUGAACCCUGAGCUGCUAGCGGUCAAGCUCGCUCUGGGGGAGUGGAGGCAUUGGCUAGAGGGGGCCACCCAUCCAUUCGUCAUAUGGACUGACCAUAAGAACUUAGCCUACAUUCAGGGGGCCUACAUUCAGUGGGCCAAGAGGCUCAACUUGCGCCAGGCCAGGUGGGCGUUGUUCUUCACCAGGUUCCGGUUCACGAUCUCAUACCGUCUGGGGUUGAAGGACACCAAGCUUGACGUGCUCUCCCGGCAGUUCGACCCCGUGGACCUGGUGGAGAGGGACAACCCCAUUGUCCCCAAUGCCCUGAUUGCUGUCCCAGUUUCGUGGGGAAUCGAUAGGCUGGUCAGAGCAGCGCUACGGCGGGAGCUCGAUCCGGGCGGAGGUCCAUCGGGGAGGAUGUACGUACCCAAGGCAGUGUGCUCGCGACUGCUUCAGUGGGCGCACGCGUCCAACCUCACCAGCAAUCCGGGGGGCGCCUGGACAUUGGAGUUCCUGCAUAGGAGGUUCUGGUGGCGUUCAGCUGAGGGGGAUACGCGCGCCUUUGUGGCUGCUUGCCCUGUGUGCGCGCACACGAAGAGCUCACGUCAGCCCGCGGCAGGGCUGGUCCGACCCAUGCCUAUCCUCAAGCGCCCCUGGUCCCACAUCUCGCUGGAUUUCUUUUUUCCCGCUAUACCCCCCUCUGAUGGAUACACAGUCAUCCUGGUCGUUGUGGACCGGUUUUCGAAGGCUGCCCACUUCAUUCCCCUUCUCAAACUCCCAUCGGCCCGGGAGAUGGCUAAGUUGGUGGUGCAGCACGUUUUCCGGGUUCACGGCCUUCCCCAAGAUGUGGUGUCGGAUCGGGGCCCUCAGUUCGCCUCCAGGUUCUGGAAGGCGUUCGCCACCUGCCUCAGCGCCUCAGUCAGCUUGUCUUAUGGCUUCCAUCCCCAGUCGAACGGGCAGACGGAGCACAUCAACCAGGAUCUGGAGGUGGUGCUGAGGUGCUACGCCUCCAGCAACCCAGCUAUGUGGAGUCAGCGACUGAGUACGCCCACAACACCCUUCUCUGCUCAUCCACUGGCCUGUCCCCCUUCCAGUGCCAAUAUGGGUACCAACCCCCCCCCCCCCCCCACCCCUAUUCUCCGAGCAAGAGGAGGAGGCGGUGGUUCCGUCGGUCCAGGCCCACAUCAGUCACUGUCGCCGUACCUGGAGGCAGGUACGGGCGCCGCUUGAGCGGGCCUCGGUCAGGUAUCAACAUCAGGCCAACCUCAGGCGUCGGCCGGCCCCGGUUUUUCGCCCGGGACAGAGGGUGUGGCUCUCCACGCAGGAUCUUCCCCUCCGCGUGGAGUCCAGGAAGCUGUCCCCCCGGUUCGUGGGGCCAUUUAGAGUGGUCCAGCGAGUCAACCCAGUGGCCUACCGCCUGCGACUUCCCCCCUCCAUGCAUGUGCAUUCCACAUUCCAUGUGUUUCUCCUCAAGCCCUUUGCCACCUGUCCCCUGGCUCCCCCUCCUCGUCCUGUUCCCCCUCUGCACCUCAUCGGAGGGCAGCCGGCUUUUACUGUGGACCGGAUCCUGGACUGCCGGCGGUUGGAGAGGGGUCUCCAAUUUCUGGUGGAUUGGGAGGGUUAUGGGCCGGAGGAGCGGUCCUGGGUGCCCAGGAGGGACAUUCUGGACCCAGGGCUGAUAACAACAUUCCGUCGCCUCCACCCAGAUGUGGUCGAAUUACUGCAAAGGAACCAUUACUAAAGGACACCAAUAAUAAGAAGAGACCUGCUUGAGCCAAGAAACAAGAGCAAUGGACAUUAGACCGGUGGAAAUUUGUAUUUUGGUCUGGAGUCCAAAUUUGAGAUUUUUGGAUCCAACCGCCGUGUCUUUGUGAGACGCAGUGUGGGUGAAUGGAUGAUCUCCACAUGUGUAGUUCCCAACGUAAAGCAUGGAGGAGGAGGUGUUAUGAUGUGGGGGUGCUUUGCUGGUGACACUAUCUGUGAUUUAUUUAGAAUUCAAGGCACACUUAACCAGCAUGGCUACCACAGCAUUCUGCAGCGAUACGCCAUCCCAUCUGGUUUGGGCUUAGUGGGACUAUCAUUUGUUUUUCAACAGGACAAUGACCCAACACACCACCAGGCUGUGUAAGGGCUAUUUUACCAAGAAGGAGAGUGAUGGAGUGCUGCAUCAGAUGACCUAUCCUCCACAAUCCCCCGACCUCAACCCAAUUGAGAUGGUUUGGGAUGAGUCGGACCGCAGAGUGAAGGAAAAGCAGCCAACAAGUGCUCAGCAUAUGUGGGAACUCCUUCAAGACUGUUGGAAAAGCAUUCCAGGUGAAGCUGGUUGAGAGAAUGCCAAGAGUGUGCAAAGCUGUCAUCAAGGCAAAGGGUGGUUAUUUGAAGGAAAUAUAUAUAUUUGUUUAACACUUUUUUGUUUACUACAUGAUUCCAUAUGUGUUAUUUCAUAGUUUUGAUGUCUUCACUAUUAUUUUACAAUGUAGAACAUAGUAAAAAUAAAGAAGAAUUUAAUGAGUAGGUGUGUCCAAACUUUUGACUGGGACUGUAUAUCUCAUUUACAUAAGUAUUCACACACCCGAGUCAAUACUUUGUAGAAGCACCUUUGGCGGCGAUUACAGCUUUGAGUCGUCUUGGGUAUGUCUGUAUCAGCUUUGCACAUCUGGAUUUGGGGAUUUUCACCCAUUCUUCCUUGCAGAUUUUCUCAAGCUGUGUUAAGUUAGAUGGAGUGGCGGUGAACAGCAACCUUCAAGUCUUUCCACAGAUUUUCAAUGGGAUUCAAGUCUGGGCUUUGGUUGGGCCACUCAAGGACUUUCAUAUUCUUGUUCUGAAGCCAUUUCAGCAUUGCUUUGGAUGUAUGCUUGGGGUCAUUGUCUUGUUGAAACAUAAAUCUUUGCCCCAGUCUAAGGUCGUUUGCACUCUGAAGCAGGUUCUCAUCAAGGAUUUACCUGUAUUUGGCUCCAUUCAUUGUUCCCUCUAUCCUUACCAGUCUCCCAGUCUCUGCUGCUGAAAAGUAUCCCCAUAGCAUGAUGCUGUCACCACCAUGAUUCAUGGUAGGGAUGGUGUUAGACGGGUGAUGAGCUGUGCCUGGUUUUCUCUAGACAUAGCAAUUUGCAUUCAGGCCAAAGAGUUACAUUUACGUCUCAUCAGACCACAGAAUCUUUUGCUUUAUGCUCUCUGAGUCUUUCACGUAACUUUUUGCAAACUCCAGACGUGCUGUCAUGUGCCUUUUCUCAGGAGUGGCUUCCGACUGGCCACUCUCCCAUAAAGCCUAGAUUGGUGAAAUGCUGUAGAGACUGUUGUCCUUCUGGCAGGUUAUCCCAUCUCAGCCAAGGAACUCUGUAGUUCUGUCAGAGUGGUCAUUGGGUUCUUGGUCACUUACCUGACCAAAGUCCUUCUUGCCCGGUUGCUCAGUUUGGUCAGACGGCCAGCUCUAGGCAGAGUCUGGGUAGUUCGAUAUUCUUUCCAUUUCCCAAUGAUGGAGACCACUGUGCUCUUGGAAACGUUCAACACUUUAGAAAUUGUUUUAUACCUCCUUUCCCAGAUAUAUCUCGAAGAUCUAUGGACAGUUCUUUCAACCUCAUGGUAUAGUUUCUGCUCUGACCAGCACUGUCAACUGUGGGACCUUACAGUGCCUUCGGAAAGUAUUUAGACCCCUUGACUUUUUCCACAUUUUGUUAUGUUACAGCCUAAUUCUAAAAUUGAUUAAAUAGUUUUCCCCCUCAUCAAUCUACAAACAAUAUCCCAUAAUGACAAAGCAAAAACAGGUUUUUUGAAUUUCUUGCUAAUUUAUAAUUUAUAAAAUAAAAAACGGAAAAUCACAUUUAAAUAAAUAUUCAGACCCUUUACUCAGUACUUUGUUGAAGCACCUUUAGCAGCGAUUACAGCAUUGAGUCUUCUUGGGUAUGACGCUACAAGCUUGGCACACUUGUAUUUGGGGAGUUUCUCCCAUUCUUCUCUGCAGAUCCUCUCAAGCUCUGUCAGGUUGGAUGGGGUGCGUUGCUGCACAGCUAUUUUCAGGUCUCUCCAGAGAUGUUUGAUCGGGUUCAAGUCCGGGCUCUGGCUGGGCCACUCAAGGACAUUCAGAGACUUGUCCCGAAGCCUUUCUUGGUUGUGUGCUUGGAAGGUGAACCUUUGCCCCAGUCGGAGGUCCUGAGCGCACUGGAGCAGGUUUUCAUCAAGGUUCUCCCAUCUCCAUAGAGGAACUCUAGAGCUCUGUCAGAGUGACCAUCGGGUUCUUGGUCACCUCCCUGACCAAGGCCCUUCUCCCCCAAUUGCUCAGUUUGGCCGGGCGGCCAGCUCUAGGAAGAGUCUUGGUGGUUCCAAACUUCUUCCAUUUAAGAAUGAUGGAGGCCAUUGUGUUCUUGGGAAUCUUCAAUGCUGCAGACAUUUUUUGGUACCAUUCCCCAGAUCUGUGCCUCGACACAAUCCUGUCUCGGAGCUCUACGGACAAUUCCUUCGACAUCAUUGCUUGGUUUUUGCCCUGACAUGCACUGUCAACUGUGGGACUUUAUAUAGACAGUUGUGUGCCUUUCCAAAUCAUGUCCAAUCAAUUGAAUUUACCACAGGUGGACUCCAAUCAAGUUGUAGGAACAUCUCAAGGAUAAUCAAUGGAAACAGGAUGCACCUGAGAUACAUUUUGAGUCUGAAUACUUAUACAAAUAAGGUAUUAUUCUUUUUUAAAUUAUACAUUUGCAAAAAUGUCUAAAAACCUGUUUUCCCUUCGUCAUUAUGGGGUAUUGUAUGUAGAUUGCUCAGGAUUAUUUAAAAAAAAAUCCAUUUUAGAAUAAGGCUGUAACGUAACAAAAUAUGGAAAAGGUCAAGGGGUCUGAAUACUCUCCGAGGUGUGUUUCUUUCUAAAUCAUGUCCAAACUGGGCACAGGUGGACUCCAAUCAAAUUGUAGUGACAUCUCAAGGAUGAUCAAAGGAAAUUGGAUGCACCUGAGCUCAAUUUCGAGUGGCAUAGUAAAGGCGUGUGAAUACUUACACUACCAGUCAAAGGUUUGGACACACCUACUCAUUCAAGGGUUUUUCUUUAUUUUUACUAUUUUUUACAUUGUAGAAUAAUAGUGAAGACAUCAAAACUAUGAAAUAACACAUAUGGAAUCAUGUAGUAACCAAAAAGUGUUAAACAAAUCAAAAUAUAUUUUAUAUUUGAGAUUCUUCAAAUAGCCACCCUUUGUGACUGUUCUUGUCUGUCAGUGUAUCAGUGUUUUGUUACUUGUCAUGUUUUGUGUUUCUUGUGGAUCCAAAUAAACAAUUAGACCCCUGUCAUCUAAACCAGGCCUACUAGCUUUCAUUAUAACCUCUGUGUUUGUAUUGUCCUCCUACAGAAUGAAGAGCCAGUGGACCCAGCUUCGUCCUGGCUGUUCACCCUCAGUGACCCACCGCUGUCCCCCAUUGAGGAGAUCCCUCCUGGGGAGAGGGAGAAACUGUACCCCAUCAUCCACAUCAAGCGUCUCCAGGCUGGAGCCAGGGCCGGGGGAGGAGAGGGGACAGGAGAAGGGACGACACAGACCGAAUGCACAGCAGCACCUCUGGGGAAUAUCGGAUACAAACCUCAGAUUACAACCACAGCUCCACGAGACAAGAAGGAGAAGGAGGAAUACAGGGGACACAUUCCCAGCUGUAAGAGAACAGACAGAUGCCCUGAGGAGUCCGGAGGACUGCUAGGAGGCUGGCUGUGUAAUGUAACAGUAGAUUUCUCUGGCAUUUCUCCAGGACUGGAUCUGAUCUCAAUGGGGCGGCACACCUCCCCAAGCCCUCCCAAGAUAACAAGCCUCUUUUCUGGGGACACGUGGCUGGAAGAAAAGGGGUUGGAGGUGGAGGUGGGCCUUGGCUCUCUGGACUCAGCACAAGGACAGAAUGUGGCUCUGGAGGACCCAGUCAGCUGUCUGGCUAAGACACUGACCACUGGUUACUUCCCCCAGGCUGCUGACCUCAACACCACUACCUACAACCACUGA